AUGUUCCGCGACCCAGUCUUGCGACGCUCGGUCGACGGCGAGGGAGAGACCAUGCAACAAGGGGAUCAUCAGGCUCAUUCGCCUACACAAACACAGGGUCAUCAACCACGCAUCCACUCCGCGACCAACUACCCUCCCCAUCAGCAGAGUCGCCCGCCUCCAUCCCCCAGCCAUACCACUGAGCUGCCGCCGAUCAGCACGGCCCUCCAUUCGCGCGACACUUCCGCGUCAAAGUACUACGACCCGACCUCAGACCAUGGAGAGCGCGGCCUAGCCAGGGACACGGCGCGUUACGACCCUCAACAUUCCCCACAAACUCGGGAGACACACACCUACUCCGACGCUCGCCCGGCACACAGCCCCUACGAGAAGCCGUACCAGUCGCCCAUCGCGAGCUCGUACGCGCAUCAAUCGCCGCUGCAGCGCCCUCUCUCGCAACACCAUCAUACUGGCGGCAUGGAAGCCAUGUCUCACUCACCUGUCUCACCAUCUGUCUAUCACGCAAACCGUGGCGCCGUGCAGCCGCCGCCCGCAAACUAUGCUCGACGGCCAUCAAUGAAAGACGAGGCGCGUGAAAACCGACCCUUCCCCUUACAACACCACCUGCUAACUGUCACCCAGGCACCGCCACCUACGCGUGCCGAUCCUAUGUCGCUUUCUAGUAUAAUGUCAGCCGGGACCGACAGUGACCCCCCCGCGAAGGCACAACCGCCUGCCUCCCUCAACCACGACCACGGUCACCUAUCCAAGCCACCAAACGCGCACUUCGUCAAACAAGAGCCAAUGGCUUCACCUGCACCGGCCGACCUGGCGCCGCACGACAAUGGUAUCCUGCAUCGCGCACCCUACGAUCCUAUACACCCCGUUGCACCGUCACACGCGCUACAGAGCUUCGCGACGCCUCGCGAUUUGCCUGCACCGGACGAGGCCGAGAUUGAGGCUGCCCUUGCGCACAUCGAGACCAAACAGAUGAACGACCUCGAUGGACCAGGCGCUCCGUUUGAGCAUGAGGAGUGGCGAGAGCGUAGCCUCAAGCGCGGCCUCGACGUUAUCAGUGGCGAGACUGUCAAGCGGAAGAAGCGACGACAUGCCACUUUGACGCGCUACCACGACGUGCUCGCUGCGCACCGCGACUACGCAAAGCACUCGUAUAACCUCGAGCAUGAGGGCGACGCCUGGCAACAAGUGCAAAGCCAAGAGAUCGCCGAGGAGAAAGAGCGCAAGAAGGACAUGCAACGAAAGCGCAGGCGAGAGAAGACCAUCCAGAACGAGGAGGCCAAGCGUGCCGAAGCCCUCGCAAAGGCUGGCCAGGCCGACAACGAGGAAGAAAAGGAGCGACACCUCGCAGCUGCACAAAAGGCAGAACGCAAAGCCAAGAACACCAGCCAGCUGCUUCAAGGAAAUGCUCCCAGCAAGGACAUUAGGGAAGUUACGCCACAUGGACCAAAUCUCGAAGGCGGCACAAUGAGCUCAUUCCAGGCAUCCGAUGAUCUGGGCACCGGCGGGAAGCGAAAAGGCAACCGUGGUACAGGACGUCUCAAGAAGAGCAAAGAACAAAAGCAGGCCGAGAAGGACGCUGCUGCUGCUGGACAGGCUGCCAUUGACCGCGGUGAUGACUUGCCCAGCAUAGCUCCUCGGGAGGAAGCACGUUUAGGAUCGUUACGAGACCGCAGCUACACGGAAGAGCUGGGCAAUGGCUUCGUUACCUCGCACGACUCGUCUGCCUACCGCAACCUCUAUGCGCAGAUCAUCAAGGACCUUGCACGAAAGGAUGUUCCCAAGGUUGUGCGUAUCAAGGAGAACUCACUCUCCACCAAGCAGUCGAACCUUCGCAAGACUGCGCAAUUGGCUGCCAAAGAGGCUAGAAGAUGGCAGAUGCGCACGAACAAAAACCAGAAGGAUACACAGGCCAGGGCCAAGCGUGGUAUGCGUGAGAUGCUUGCUUUCUGGAAGCGCAAUGAGCGUGAUGAGCGCGAGUCUCGUAAGAACGCAGAGCGACAGGAGCUGGAGAACGCAAAGAAGGUCGAAGCUGAGCGGGAAGCCAACCGACAGAAGCGCAAGCUCAACUUCCUCAUCUCCCAGACUGAGCUUUACUCUCAUUUCAUCGGCAAGAAGGCGAGGACAGCUGAGAUCGAACGAUCGACAGAUGACGCCGAGACCGCCGCAAGUGCACCAGCUGAAGCUGAGAAGCCAGGCAUCGACGUUGACGGAAUGGACGGAAACCCCACUGCUAAGGUCACCAAUUUCGAGGAUCUCGACUUCGACAACGAUGAUGAGAGUGCGCUCAAUGCUGCUGCUAUGGCCAAUGCUCAACACGCUAUUCAAGAGGCUCAGGAUCGUGCUCGUGCUUUCAACAAUCCGGAGGGCCAAGAGGAUGACGGAGAGCUGAACUUCCAGAAUCCAUCCGGAUUGCAGAACAAGGAAGACUGGAUCCCACAACCGAAGCUCCUGAACUGCACUCUAAAAGAGUAUCAGUUGAAGGGUCUCAAUUGGCUUGUGAACUUGUACGAGCAAGGCAUCAACGGUAUCCUUGCCGACGAGAUGGGUCUCGGAAAGACAGUCCAGUCCAUUUCGGUUAUGGCAUACCUUGCUGAGCGCUAUAACAUCUGGGGUCCAUUCCUGGUCAUCGCACCAGCAUCGACUCUACACAAUUGGCAGCAGGAAAUUGCUAAAUUCGUUCCCGACCUGAACGUCAUUCCCUACUGGGGUACGGCAAAGGAUCGCAAAGUCCUGCGCAAGCUCUGGGACAGGAAACACGUCACCUAUACCCGGGACUCGCCUUUCCAUGUCGUGGUUUCCUCUUACCAGCUGGUCGUCCAGGAUGCGCAAUACUUCCAAAAGAUGCGCUGGCAGUACAUGAUUCUCGAUGAAGCUCAAGCCAUCAAGUCGUCGAACAGCUCUCGAUGGAAGAGCUUACUAAACUUCCACUCACGCAACCGGCUACUCUUGACAGGUACGCCUAUCCAGAACAACAUGCAGGAAUUGUGGGCUUUGCUGCAUUUCAUUAUGCCAAGCUUGUUCGACUCACACGACGAGUUCAGCGAAUGGUUUUCCAAGGACAUUGAGAGUCACGCGCAGAGUAAUACCAAGUUGAAUGAGGACCAGUUGCGCCGAUUGCACAUGAUCCUGAAGCCCUUCAUGUUGCGUCGUGUCAAGAAGCACGUGCAGAAGGAAUUGGGAGACAAGAUCGAGUUGGAUGUCUACUGCGACCUCACGUACCGGCAGCGCGCCUACUACGCCAACUUACGCAACAAGAUUAGCAUCAUGGAUCUGAUCGAGAAGGCUGUUGGCGACGAGCAGGAUAGUGCCACGCUCAUGAACCUUGUCAUGCAGUUCAGGAAGGUCUGUAACCAUCCAGACUUGUUCGAGCGAGCCGACACUUGGUCUCCGUUCACUUUCGCAUCGUUUGCAGAGACGCCAUCUUUCUUGCGCGAGGGUCAGAAUGUGAGGGUUGCUUACACCACGCGCAACUUCAUUGAGUACUCUCUUCCACGACUAAUCGGCCGAAAUGGUGGCCGCCUCGAAAUCGCAGGACCAGACAACGAGAAAGCAGGCUUCCGAGGCCACUAUCUAGACAAUCUUUUCAAUAUCUGGAGCCCUCACAACAUGGAGCAAUCGGCACGUGAGGCGGACGCACACUCAUGGCUUCGGUUCUCCGAUCUCUCAGCGACUGAAGUAUCGAAGAUUGCGAAGAGCGACUUGUUCGAGCGCGCCCUCGAGACUGGUUCUUCACCAAACAAACUUGGUCAAUACGAGACGCUGUAUGAUGACGAGAACGACAAAUACGAGCCGAAACACUCGAUGCUGAGGAUCAUCGACCGUAAGGACCGCGCUCCUUUGACCGACUUGACGAGCGAAGGAUACAUGCGCAACCUCAUGAACGUCUCGCAAUCUGCUUUUGAGCGGACAGGCCUUGACGUGAUCGAGCCGUGCGCCAAGCCUGCAGCAGCCGCACCGCCAGUGGAGCUGUACUGCGCCAGCCAAGAUGUCAUCGCUGAGAAGCAGCGAGUCUUCUUCAACCCUGCGAUCCGCAAUGCGCUGUACGGCGUGUCAGACAAGACGGAACAAGUCUUGCUCGACACAAAAUCGCACAGCACAGCGCUUGUACGCAACACACUGCCCUCGCCAACCAAUGCAAGGACGCGCUACACGCACAUCGAGGCUCCUUCCAUGUCACGGUUCGUCACGGAUUCAGGAAAGCUUGCUCGUCUCGAUGCUCUGCUCAAGGGGCUGAAGGCCGGCGACCAUCGUGUCCUUCUCUACUUCCAGAUGACGAGGAUGAUCGACCUCAUGGAGGAGUAUCUAACGUACCGAAAUUACAAGUACUGUCGUCUGGACGGAUCCACCAAGCUGGAGGAUCGACGAGAUACUGUUGCCGACUUCCAGAGCGACCCCACCAUCUUUGUAUUCUUGCUGUCCACUCGAGCUGGUGGUCUCGGUAUCAACUUGACGUCGGCCGAUACUGUCAUCUUCUACGACUCGGACUGGAACCCCACGAUUGACUCGCAGGCCAUGGACCGCGCGCAUCGUCUUGGACAAACCCGACAGGUCACUGUUUACCGUCUCAUCACCAGCGGCACCAUCGAAGAGCGCAUUCGCAAGCGUGCGCUGCAGAAGGAAGAAGUGCAGCGUGUCGUCAUCUCGGGUGGCGCCGGCGGAGCGGUCGACUUCAACACUCGAUCACGCGAGAACCGCACCAAGGACAUGGCCAUGUGGCUCGUGGACGACGAACAGGCUGCGGAGAUUGAGAAGAAGGAAGCGGAGCUGGCCGAGGCGGAGAAGAAUGCACCGCCAGGCAAGAAGCGUAGCAAGAAGAAGCGCGUUGAGGCUAACCUGGACGAUAUGUACCACGAGGGCGAAGGACACUUUGACGAGAGCGCCAAGGGUAGCGGUGCAGCCACACCAGUUCCCGGAACCGAGGGAGCGCCAGGUGCACCGGGCGGCAAGAAGGGAAAGAAGGGACUCAGUAAGAAGGCAAAGACGGCAAAGCAGCGUCUCGCCGUUGCUGAUGGCGAGGUAUAA